AUGGGGUUUGAUGAGAGAGAACAUGGUGCAAGGUGUAAACCAGUUGAAGUUCUCAAAUUUAUGGUUGAAGGUUCAUCUGCUAUUUUUAAAGAUGAUCGUUGCAACUCUUUCAAGGCCAAGAGAACCAAGAAGGUCGAUAUUGUUGGAAAAUACGGUACCCGGUCUGGUGCCACUCUGUGUAAGCAGAUUAAAAAGAUGGAGGUCAGUCAACACAACAAGUACUUUUGUGAGUUCUGCGGAAAGUACGCCGUGAAGAGAAAGGUUGUUGGUAUCUGGGGAUGCAAGGACUGUGGGAAGGUCAAGGUUGGUGGUGCUUACCCUUUGAACACCGCCAGUGCAGUAACCUUGAGAAGUACAAUCAAGAGGCUCAGGGAGUAGAUUGAGAGUUACUUAUUUGCGUUUGUUCUGCUAUUUCUCUUCACUUUGCUGUUUAAUUGGGUACUUUUUUUGGCAUGAAUGUUUUGUUGCAGGGUUAAC